UCCUCUAUAUAGAGAGGCUGCAAAGGCAGAGAGGAUUUGGACUGUUCCAGCUGUUAGCUGUACAGGUUCCGGCCUCUCCAAUUCACUCUCUGCUUCCCUAAUUGGAUAUCUGUGACUAUUAAGGCAAAAUGUCACAGAAAAGUCAGCUAAGUGAUGAUGAGAAGUUCCUCUUUGUAGACAAAAACUUCAUUAACAGCCCACUUGCUCAGGCAGACUGGUCAGCGAAAAGACUGGUAUGGGUCCCAUCAGAAAAGCAAGGAUUUGAAGCAGCUAGUAUCAAGGAAGAGAAAGGAGAUGAGGUUAUUGUCGAGCUGGCAGAAAAUGGAAAGAAAAUCACAAUCGGCAAGGAUGACAUCCAGAAGAUGAACCCUCCAAAAUUCUCCAAAGUGGAAGACAUGGCAGAGCUGACUUGCCUUAAUGAAGCUUCAGUGCUGCACAAUCUAAGGGAGAGAUACUUCUCGGGUCUAAUUUAUACGUAUUCAGGCCUCUUCUGUGUUGUGGUGAACCCAUACAAAUACCUGCCCAUCUAUUCAGAGAAGAUUAUUGAUAUGUACAAAGGAAAGAAGAGACAUGAGAUGCCACCCCAUAUUUAUGCUAUUGCAGAUACGGCAUACAGGAGUAUGUUGCAAGAUCGAGAAGACCAGUCCAUUCUGUGCACAGGUGAAUCUGGUGCAGGUAAAACAGAAAAUACCAAGAAGGUCAUUCAAUACCUGGCUGUUGUUGCUUCCUCACACAAGGGCAAGAAGGACACCAGUAUCACUCAAGGUCCAUCUUUUGCUUACGGUGAGCUGGAAAAGCAGCUUCUUCAGGCAAAUCCUAUUCUUGAAGCUUUUGGCAAUGCCAAAACUGUGAAGAAUGACAACUCCUCCAGAUUUGGCAAGUUCAUCCGCAUCAACUUUGAUGUCACCGGCUACAUUGUUGGAGCAAACAUAGAAACUUAUUUGCUUGAAAAGUCUCGUGCUAUUCGCCAGGCUAGAGAUGAGCGGACAUUUCAUAUCUUUUACUAUAUGAUUGCUGGCACUGGGGAACAAAUGAAAAAGGAUUUAUUGCUGGAAAGUUUCAACAACUAUACCUUCCUGCAGCAAUAUGAUCAGAUGUUCCAGGAGACCUUGGAAGCCAUGACAAUUAUGGGUUUUAAUGAAGAGGAACAGCUUGCUAUGAUGAAGGUGGUUUCAUCUGUCCUACAGCUCGGUAAUAUUGUCUUCAAGAAGGAGAGAAAUACUGAUCAAGCUUCUAUGCCCGAUGACACUGCUGCACAGAAAGUGUGUCACCUGAUGGGUAUUAAUGUGACAGACUUCACAAGGUCAAUCCUAACGCCACGGAUCAAAGUGGGACGAGAUGUUGUUCAGAAAGCCCAGACUAAAGAGCAGGCAGACUUUGCGAUAGAGGCUUUAGCCAAAGCAACAUAUGAACGUUUGUUCCGUUGGAUUCUUAGUCGAGUAAACAAAGCUCUAGAUAAAACAAAAAGACAGGGAGCAUCUUUCCUGGGGAUCCUUGAUAUCGCUGGAUUUGAGAUAUUUGAGGUUAAUUCUUUUGAGCAAUUGUGUAUUAAUUACACGAAUGAGAAACUUCAGCAGCUCUUCAACCACACAAUGUUCAUAUUGGAGCAGGAAGAAUAUCAGCGGGAGGGCAUUGAGUGGAAUUUCAUUGACUUUGGCCUUGAUCUGCAACCUUGCAUUGAGCUGAUUGAAAGACCAAACAACCCACCUGGUGUCCUGGCUCUCCUGGAUGAAGAGUGCUGGUUCCCCAAAGCUACUGACACCUCCUUUGUAGAGAAAUUAUGUCAAGAGCAAGGCAGUCAUCCCAAGUUCCAUAAGCCUAAACAACUCAAGGACAAAACUGAGUUCUCCAUAAUCCACUAUGCAGGAAGGGUUGACUACAAUGCAAGUGCCUGGCUCACAAAGAAUAUGGAUCCACUAAAUGACAAUGUGACUUCUCUGUUAAAUCAGUCUUCAGACAAAUUUGUGGCAGACCUUUGGAAAGAUGUGGACCGCAUAGUGGGACUGGACCAGAUGGCAAAGAUGACAGAAAGUUCACUCCCUAGUGCUUCAAAAACCAAGAAGGGCAUGUUCCGUACAGUCGGGCAACUCUAUAAAGAGCAACUGACCAAGCUGAUGACUACCCUAAGGAAUACAAAUCCAAACUUUGUCCGUUGUAUCAUUCCAAAUCAUGAAAAAAGGGCUGGCAAACUUGAUGCCCAUUUAGUGCUGGAGCAGUUACGAUGCAAUGGUGUCUUGGAAGGGAUUCGUAUCUGCCGGCAAGGAUUCCCCAACAGAAUUGUCUUCCAGGAAUUCCGUCAGAGAUAUGAAAUUCUUGCUGCUAACGCUAUCCCUAAGGGAUUUAUGGAUGGGAAACAGGCUUGUAUACUGAUGAUCAAAGCAUUAGAACUUGAUCCCAACUUGUACAGAAUUGGACAAAGUAAAAUCUUCUUCAGAACUGGUGUCCUGGCUCAUCUGGAAGAGGAAAGAGACCUGAAAAUCACAGAUGUCAUUAUUGCUUUCCAGGCUCAAAGUCGAGGAUACCUGGCAAGAAAGGCCUUUGCUAAGCGGCAGCAGCAGCUCACAGCAAUGAGGGUCAUUCAGAGAAACUGUUCUGCUUACCUGAAGCUAAGGAACUGGCAAUGGUGGAGACUCUUCACUAAAGUGAAACCAUUGUUACAAGUCACCCGCCAAGAGGAAGAAAUGCAAGCCAAAGAUGAGGAGCUACAGAGAACAAAGGAAAGACAACAAAAAGCAGAGUGUGAAUUGAAGGAAUUGGAGCUGAAACAUAAUCAGCUAUAUGAAGAAAAGAAUCUCCUUCAGGAGCAGCUUCAGGCUGAGACUGAACUGUACGCAGAAGCUGAAGAGUUGAGAGUCCGCCUAUCUGCUAAGAAACAAGAGUUGGAGGAGAUCCUGCAUGAAAUGGAGGCCAGGAUUGAAGAAGAGGAGGAUCGCAGUCACCAGUUGCAAACAGAAAAGAAAAAGAUGCAACAACAAAUGCUGGAUCUUGAGGACCAGCUGGAAGAAGAAGAAGCUGCCAGGCAAAAACUACAACUUGAGAAAGUAACAGCAGAGGCCAAGAUAAAGAAAAUGGAAGAUGACAUUCUCAUAAUGGAUGAUCAGAACAACAAGCUGACCAAGGAAAGAAAACUUCUUGAAGAGAGAAUAAGUGAUUUAACAACAAAUCUUGCAGAAGAAGAAGAAAAAGCCAAAAAUCUUACAAAGCUGAAAAACAAACAUGAAUCAAUGAUUUCAGAACUGGAAGUGCGACUAAAGAAAGAAGAGAAGAGCAGACAAGAACUGGAGAAAACGAAGAGGAAGCUGGAGGGAGAUGCCAGUGACCUGCAUGAGCAGAUUGCAGACCUGCAGGCGCAGAUUGCUGAACUAAAGAUGCAGCUGGCCAAAAAGGAGGAAGAGCUGCAGGCUGCUCUUGCCAGGCUUGAAGACGAAAUAGCUCAGAAGAAUAAUGCCCUCAAAAAAAUCCGAGAGCUGGAAGGUCACAUCUCUGAUCUCCAGGAAGACUUGGAUUCUGAGAGAGCAGCAAGAAACAAAGCAGAAAAACAAAAGCGAGACCUGAGUGAAGAGCUGGAGGCCCUGAAAACAGAGCUUGAAGAUACCUUGGAUAGCACAGCUACACAACAGGAACUCAGAGCGAAGCGGGAACAGGAGGUCACAGUGCUGAAGAGAGCUCUGGAGGAAGAAACUCAAACUCAUGAAGCCCAGGUCCAGGAGAUGAGGCAAAAGCAUACGCAGGCUGUGGAAGAGCUCACGGAGCAGCUGGAGCAAUUUAAACGGGCCAAAGCGAACUUGGACAAGACCAAGCAGACACUAGAGAAAGAAAAUGCUGACCUGAGUACUGAAAUCAGGUCACUAAAUCAGGCCAAACAAGAGGUGGAGCACAAAAAGAAGAAACUGGAAGUACAGCUUCAGGAGCUACAAUCCAAAUACACUGAUGGAGAACGCGUCCGGGUGGAACUCAAUGAAAAAGUCCAUAAGUUACAGGUUGAAAUUGAAAAUGUUACCGGUCUGCUCAGUGAAGCAGAAACCAAGACAAUCAAACUCACUAAGGAUGUUGCAAGCUUGGGAUCUCAGCUACAGGAUACACAGGAGCUUCUUCAGGAAGAAACUCGGCAGAAACUAAAUGUAACUACCAAGUUUCGCCAGCUAGAAGAGGAAAAUCACAGCCUGCAAGAACAGUUGGAGGAAGAAGCAGAAGCAAAACAAAACCUAGAGCGACAUAUUUCGACGUUGACAAUACAGCUUUCUGACUCAAAGAAGAAGCUACAAGAAUAUGUCAGCACAAUAGAGAGUAUGGAGGAAGGCAAAAAGAAAUUCCAGAAGGAAAUUGAAGGGCUCACGCAGCAGUUUGAGGAAAAAGCUGCUUCUUAUGACAAACUGGAAAAAACCAAGAACAGACUCCAGCAGGAGCUGGAUGAUCUGGUAAUGGACUUGGACAACCAACGUCAGCUGGUCUCCAAUCUGGAGAAAAAGCAGAAGAAGUUUGAUCAGAUGCUAGCUGAAGAGAAAACCAUCUCUUCUAAAUAUGCAGAUGAAAGGGACAAAGCAGAAGCUGAAGCUAGAGAAAAAGAAACAAAGGCUUUGUCAUUGGCCCGAGCUCUUGAGGAAGCAUUGGAAGCCAAAGAAGAACUGGAGAGAACCAACAAAUUGUUGAAAGCUGAAAUGGAAGAUCUAGUUAGCUCCAAGGAUGAUGUAGGCAAGAAUGUCCAUGAUUUGGAGAAAUCCAAACGUGCCCUGGAACAACAAAUGGAGGAGAUGAAGACACAGUUAGAGGAGCUGGAGGAUGAGCUGCAGGCUACUGAAGAUGCCAAGCUUAGACUGGAGGUUAACAUGCAGGCCCUAAAAGGACAGUUUGAAAGAGACUUGCAAGCCCGAGAUGAACAAAAUGAGGAGAAGAAGAGACAGCUGCUUAAACAGCUUAAUGAGUAUGAAACAGAACUGGAAGAUGAGCGUAAGCAACGUGGCCUGGCAGCUGCAGCUAAAAAGAAAUUAGAAGUUGACAUUAAGGAUCUAGAAGGUCAAGUUGACUCUGCUAAUAAAGCUCGGGAAGAAGCUAUUAAGCAACUUCGUAAACUACAGGGCCAGAUGAAGGACUUCCAACGAGAGCUUGAUGAUGCCCGGGCCUCAAGAGAGGAGAUAUUUGCUACAGCCAGAGAAAAUGAGAAAAAAGCCAAGAACCUGGAAGCAGAACUUAUGCAGCUGCAAGAGGAUCUGGCAGCUGCAGAAAGAGCCCGCAAACAUGCUGAUCUGGAGAAAGAGGAACUGGCUGAAGAACUCGCAAGUGCUGCUUCUGGGAGGACUAGCCUUCAGGACGAGAAACGUCGUCUGGAAGCUAGAAUCUCCCAAUUGGAGGAAGAACUAGAAGAGGAACAAGGUAAUAUGGAGGCAAUGAGUGAUCGCUUCAGGAAAGCGGUACAGCAGUCAGAGCAGCUGAAUAAUGAAUUGGUAACAGAGCGCACUGCGGCACAGAAGAAUGAGAGCGCUCGGCAGCAACUCGAGAGGCAGAACAAAGAGCUGAAGGUUAAACUGCAGGAAAUGGAGGGAUCUGUGAAGUCCAAGUUCAAGGCUACAAUUGCUUCUCUGGAGGCCAAAAUAGCUCAGCUUGAGGAGCAAGUGGAACAGGAAUCCAGAGAGAAGCAAGCUGCUGCCAAGACGUUGCGCCAGAAGGACAAGAAGCUGAAAGAGGUCUUGCUACAGGUGGAAGAUGAAAGGAAGCAAGCGGAACAAUACAAGGACCAGGCUGAUAAGAGCACUGCCCGAGUCAAACAACUGAAACGACAGCUGGAGGAGGCUGAGGAAGAGGCCCAGCGCAUCAAUGCAAAUCGCAGGAAACUGCAGAGAGAGUUGGACGAAGCAGCUGAAAGUAAUGAGGCCAUGGGCCGGGAGAUGACUGCCCUGAAGAGCAAACUCAGGAGAGGAAAUGAGCCAACAUCUUUUGCCCCCUCCCGUAGAUCUGGAGGCAGAAGAGUCAUUGAAAAUGCAGCAGAAGGUUCAGAAGAGGAAGUUGAUGCAAGGGAUGGAGAUUUCAAUGGAACAAAAACCAGUGAAUAGAUAACACGCUUGCAACCUUCACUGCAGCAAGAGGGAAGAGAAGACACCAUUUAGCACUGCAUAAGUCAACUUAGUCCCAAUGCCACACACACCCACUCUUAUGGCAAUGAUAAGAGCACAACUGUCUUCUCUCCAAUGUAUAGAAUGGGAAGUUUUAGGUGUUGCAAAAAACAUAUUUUAUCAAGCAAGGUAUUUUGAAAAGAUUUACAUUGAGUAAUUCAUCUUGAGAUCUCCGACAGAAAUGAAAAUUCUAGCAAGAGAGGUGAUUUAAACCCCAAUGGACGGUAGUGUACACCCAGUUAAGCUACGGAGCCAUUAGCGAGUUAAUCCUUUCCUAAUCCAGCCUACCCCUCAUUUUGUUUUACUAUUCAAUUAAUUUAGGCAUUUUCUGUUCUGGAUGCUACACCCUGAUGCACUGGUCACAAGAUGGAAGUACCGUCUUCUGUCACUUUUCAGAAAUAAAGUAUCAUUUGUUCAAAUUAAA